AUGGCACCAGAACAAACCAUCAAGCCUCUUGAACCCAUCCCCAACGGCAAAAAGAGCGUUUGUUUCGCCCUCUCCCGUCCCGAAAACAGCGCCCGAUUCGCAAGCAUGUGCGUCGAGGACGCCAUCCGCAUCCGCAGCCUCAUGCAGGGCGUUUCGGCUGUCCUCUUCAAAGCCGAUAUCGAACUAGACGUUCGCACCAGGGACAUUUCCAAGACGUUCCGUCGUUUCCAGGAUUGGAUUACGGUGAUGGGGAUGGAUGAGGACGAGAGCAACCUCGAGAACGCACACAUAACCAAGGCUGAGAAUAUAAAUAUGCGCAUCAACCACCCACUGAACAUCCUUUCCUCGAACAAUACCCUCCUCAACGGCUGCCGCGUCUGGCUAAAGGCCCUGAAGACAGCGAUGGAGGGUCUUGUCCGCAAACUCGGUGAUCUCGAGUCUGGUGUACCGUUCGCUGCGCUCGAAGAAGCGAUGUAUCGCCAGCUUGAGUACGCCGUUGAAGCCAUCGACAAGCUCGAUACCCUCCCGUCCGUCGAAGAGAUCAAGCUUUCGCGUCAGGCCGAAAUAGAACAUGAGGAGGAAGAUGAGUACGUCGAUUGCGAGGCGUACGCGGGUGCCACGGGUCUGGCUGCUGGUGGUUUUGCGGAUAUUGUGUGGGCCGAAGAUGACCCUCACACGUUGGAGGAUGAGGUUGUUGUCCUUGAGGAGGAGGAUGAUUGUGAGCAUGUUAUACUGGAUCAGACGGUCUUGCUUUCGAGGGAGGAUGCGGAGCAUGUCAUCUUGGACCAGACGGUUUUGCUUUCGAGGGAGGAUGCGCAUUUCGGGAUCAUGGAUCAGACUGUUUUGCUCUCCAGGGAGGAUGCGCUUUUUGAUGUGAUGGAUCAGACGGUUUUGCUUUCACGCGAAGACUUUGAGGACGAGUGGGAGUCUGUUUAG